UGUACGAACACAUUUAUCCAACUGAACCGCUUAACCAAUUCAAAACUGUUACAACAUGCUUAGAAAUGUGAAUAUGCGUGUAUUAUCACAACUAGCAGUAGUUACAGCAAAAAAUCUCCUGAUGCUCACCUCCACCAUGAGCUUCGCAUACGUCGGCGUCUUAAUUGCGUCUCUCUCACAUAUCAAUUCAGAAGAGGUAAUCUAUUUCGACGAAUACGAAACGUCAUGGAUUAGUUCAGUCGAACUUAUUGCGUCGCUAGUCGGCAGUACACUUUCCGGUAUUGUUACUGAACCGCUUGGUAGAAAGGUCUCAAUGAUGAUGUUAACCAUACCGUCUUUAAUUUCCUGGGUUUUAUUUCACUUCGCCGAUGAGAAAUGGCAGAUAUUUGCCGCGUUGACCCUGCAGGGGGUAACGAGCGGCCUCAUUGAAGCGCCUAUACUGAGCUAUGUUGCAGAGGUGACGGAACCUCAUCUUAGGGGAACGUUGUCAGCAACGGUGUUGGUCUCGGGCAGCUUCGGUUACUUCGUGGAGUUUCUUAUAGGUAGCUUACUGCAUUGGAAGUUGGCCGCCUUAGUGUCAGCAGCUAUGCCAAUUGUCGCAUUCUGCUUGUUAUCGCAGGUGCCUGAGACCCCCUACUGGCUGUUAUCGCGUAAUAAAGAAGAUGAAGCCCGAAGAAGUUUGGCGUGGCUAAGAGGAUGGACCACGAUCGCGAGUAUAGAAGAUGAAUUUCAAACCAUACGUAAAAGCUUUGAAAACCACGAAAAUAACGGCGUUGCAUCUUCAUGUGUAAGAAGAACGAAGCAAUUCGCCAGAAAAAAUUUUGUGUGGCCAUUUACCUUGGUUUCGCUGUUAUUUGCGUGGUCAAAUUUCGUGGGGGUGGGAACAUUAACUUACUACGCCGCGAUUAUUUCUGUAACACUAAAGUCACCGAUUGAUAAGUACCUUGUAACUGUACUUAUUGGUUUGUGCCAAUUCCUAGGGAGCCUAGUGUGCAUAUUUACCGUGAGUUUCUUUGGGAAGCGAAUUACAGCCUUAUUCGCUGCGUCCAGUCUCUGUGUUACUACAGGGGCAAUCGGACUGUACGCACAUCUACUAGGUGUGGUACGCCUAAACUUUGCAAGCAUUGCCUCAGAAGACCAUACGGACGACUUUGCAUGGUUUACAGUUGUCCUUUUGUGUUGUUACGGGUUUAUCAGCUACUGUGGGAUAAGGAGUAUUCCGUGGAUAUUAACUGGGGAAGUAUUUUCGAACGAGACACGUGCCGUUGCUUGCGGAUUGUCAACGAGUGUUAAUUAUUUCACUGGUUUUGUUGCCAAUAAGGUAUAUUUAAGUAUGAUUUCGAUCCUAACGCUUGCUGGAGUUUAUUGGACCUAUGCAACUAUCUGCUUUCUCGGAUUUGUAGUAAUAUAUCUGGCGGUACCUGAAACUGAAGGGAGAACAUUAGAGGAAAUUGUUAACCACUUCAAUGGUAAAGGAAAAUUGAGUAAUAAAAUGAAGUUGUCCACGUCACUCUAAUAAAGCUUGAGAUCAAUUUGAGGUUUGUGCAUUUAGUGUUUAUGUAUUUACGGGCUCCAGUUUCAGACUCGGCAUCAAUUACAGCGGAGACAUUUUUGCAAUGGAUGCAACAUUUUGUUGCUAAAGUGCGAUUUGCUCAAAAUCAAAAAGUGCUAUCGCACUUUGUAGAAUAUGCAUAAAAAUCUGGUAACAAUUCUUUCGGUGCCUCUGCACUUAACCUACAAACUUCAACUUCUAGAUAUUGUGUUAUUCGUUUUUUUGAUAUAUUUUCAGAAUCCAAAAGAAAAAUAAAAACGAAUAUGGCCAAUUCCGGUUUUUUCGAUUUCCCCAUGCUGUUCAUUCUUAUCUUGGACACACCGUAUAAUAUAUACAAGCUCUUUCAACUACAGUUUACACCGAGUUUUCGAUGUGGUGGUAACCCAAAAAUAUAGAAAAUUAAUAUCUAUGCUUAUUUUCUAUGUCAUACUUCCUGUCUGCACUGUGAACCUAAAGAGUUCAAUGGAGUAACAUUCGUGUGCGGACAAUUCGCGCCCGGACAAUUCGCACUCGGAUAAUUCGCACCCGGACAUUUCGCUCCCAGGAUAUUUCGCACUCUGGACAUUUCGCUCCCAGGAUAUUUCGCA